GGUACUUUACUCUCUUUACUUGACGCGGUAUAUCCUCCUACUAUAUGUUCUAUAUGUGAUAUGAAUUUAUCUACUCCUACUGAAGCUGAUACUCACUUUCAAACUAUUCACAAGUCCAAACGACAUUAUUUAUGUUUGCAUCCUCACUGUGAUCAAGUCUUCCGAUCUCGAGCUAACUUACGUUUUCAUAUUGCCAACUCUCAU